AUGUAUGUGGACUGCGCAGCGUCGAGUCUCUGGAGGUCGGGGUUUCCUCCCCUCCACCCUCCCACACCGAAGUCGCCUCGGCCUUCGCCGAGAUCUUCCAGAUGCAGCUGUGCGAGGGGCUCGAGGCUGCGUGGGGAACAGCGGAGGAGCGAGGUCGUCGACCUGCUGUCGCUGCUGGACGUCCCCUUCAACGAGGCGGGCGCCAACGAGGUCACCUCCCGGAACCUCGGGUCGGAGCUGCUGCACGAGCUGCUGCGGGCCCUGUCCCCCGCGCCGGGCGCCGCCGCUCCCGCGCUCGCCGCCUACUUCGGCCAUGACACGAACUUGCAGUUCUUGAGGCGCAUGCUCAAGCUGAACUGGCUGUCCGAGGGCUGGUGGCCGAACCUGGCCGAGCCGGGCUCGCUGCUGGUCUUCGAGCUCUACGAGGAACCCGGCGGCAGCGAGAGCGUGAGGCUGCUGAAGGUGGCGGCGACCCCGAGGCAGCAGCGCCGGGCCGAGCCGCUCACCACGGAGGCGCCCCCCUCCGUGGUGCCGCUGUGGAUCCCUGGCUGCCGCGGCCUGUUCUGCCCGAUGUCGCAGUUCGCCGCCCUUGCCGGAGCCGCCAUACGGCGCGAAUGCGUAGAGGAGGCCGCGGAGGGCGGCUCCGCGGGGGCGGAGUUUCGCCACCCGGAGGACUCGGCGCCGCUGCGCGGGAUGCAGGCGGCCGCCGCGGGCCUGGCCUCCGCGAGCGCGCUCGCGGAGCCGCUGGGGACAGUGCACGCGGAGUCCGCCCCCGCAGGCCCCGGCGCUCCGCCCGCAGCCGCGGCCGGUCGCGCCCCCGGGGAGGUCAGAGCGGAGCAGGCUGGAGGCGCCUUGCCGGGAGGCGCCUCCGCGGCGCCGCCGCGCGGCCCCGCCGCUGCCGCGCCGGAGGGGGCGGCCGAGGGGGAGCGUGAUGGCGAGGCGGCAGGGCAGGCGGUACGCACGGCGCCCAGCGCCCGCGGCCCCACCGCGCCCGCGGCCGCCCAGGCGGCCCCGGAGACCCCGCUGGAGCCGCAGCGGGACGGCGGCGGAGGCGGAGGCUUCAGCCUUGUGCUCGUGCUUGCCGUGGCGGGCUUCUUCGGGUGGAGGUACUGGAAGCAGCAGGCUGCCUCCCGCGGCUACGAGUCCAUCGGCGGCACUGGUGGCCGGUCGCGCGGCACCACGGCGAGCGAGCGCAUCAUAGGUUCCAGAAGCGCCGGCGCCGCGAUGCCUGGUUUCACCUUGUGAUGCCCCCGCCGGAACAAAGCCGAGUCGUGCGAACGCGCGCGCGGUCCUUCCAGCUCUCCAGGAUGCUCAUUUGGGGGACUUUGUCU